AUGUACCGUAUGGUGCAGUUACAUGAGGAUGAUCGAGACUUCCAGAGAAUUUUAUGGCGAUGGACAAAAGAAGAGCCAAUAAGUGAAUACCGACUCAACACAGUAACCUACGGGACAAAGAGUGCCUCAUACUUAGCCACCAAAUGUGUACAACAACUACUCGAAUCGCACCGUGUAAAAUAUCCGCAGACGGUAGAAAAGGCAGUCAGGGGAAUAUAUGUCGACGACGUUAUUACCGGAGCAGAUACUCUCGAUGAAGCUAUAAUCCUGCGUUCACAACUGUCUUCACUUUUUGGCAGUGGAGGCUUUCACUUAAGAAAAUGGGCUUCAAACUGUGCAUCUGCCCUCACAGGUGUGCCGAAGGCAGAUAUCGAAUUGAAGGUGCCAAUCGAGCUCGACGGAUCCGACACAAUUAAAACUCUUGGAAUACACUGGCAGCCGUGCAGCGAUGAGCUCCGUUUUAGCUAUCACCCAACACAGAUCCUUCAGCCCACGAAACAUUCAAUACUGUCGCAAAUUGCAAGUCUCUUCGACCCACUAGGACUUCUGACACCGAUUGUUAUAAAGGCUAAGUUUAUUAUGCAGCGACUAUGGGAACUGAAGGUGGCCUGGGAUGCCUCUCCACCCGGUGAGUUAGUAAAUGCCUGGUAUGAUUUGCUCCAAAGUCUGUCGUCCCUUAAUUCAUUUCAGAAUCCUCGGAGAGUGGUUAGCACUCGGAGUACAUCUCAUCUGGUUCUGCACGGCUACAGUGACGCUUCCGAAUGA